AUGAUUCCGCCAACACAACCAGACGAAAGAACUAGGCUUCUACGUAAUGAGGCAGAAGCAGAAGCACGACGUCAAUUAUUAGAAGAUGCUUUUGAUAUAUCACCAGAUGGAAUUCCAAGAGCUCAUAAUGUUUAUAGAACAAAGCCACCACGUAUCGUUGCAUUGGAUGUAUUUCGUGGAUUUAUGAUGCUUUUACAAUCUGUCGAGCGUAAAUAA